GUAGACAUGCAUCUGAGCAAUUCAUUAUGAAGCUCCUGCGAGCUUUGCUGCUUUUGAGCGUGGUCUCUUUGGCCUGGUCUUCAAUCUUUCCCGAGGGAGAAACGGAAGAGCAAUGGAACCAAAGAAUCCAGGCCAAGAUUGACAAGAACCGCAAGAGUAACGUCCAAGUAAAGGUGACCUUACCUGAGCAUCUUCAAGGCUUGAAGAAUCUGAAGCUUCAAGUGAACAACACGAAAGCAAGUUUUCCAUUGGGUACUGCCUUGGUGGCUGAUCGGAUCGCUGAGUGUUGGAACAAUGGGGAUGAUAAUGCUUACUGCUCAUUUGCUCGGGAUAAUUUCAACUUUGCUGUGGAUGAAUAUGCCAUGAAAUGGCGAGAAUGGGAGCCGCAAUACAAUAACUUUAACACUUAUAGCGUCGAUAACAUGUUUAAAUGGCUGGAGGCCAAAGGUUGGGGUAUUCGUGCACAUUGUCUUUUUUGGGACGUGGAUGAUUAUACGCAUUACCCGGAUUGGGUCCAUGGACUUCGAGGACAAGAAAUGAUCGAUGCCAUCCAUCACCGAAUUGAAACAGCUGUUCCUUAUUUCAAGGGAAGGGUGGAACAUUGGGACGUGAAUAACGAAAUGUUGCACGGAAACUUCUUUGCCGAAGCGACUUAUGAUCCUAACAUCCGUGUCAAAAUGUUCCAAUGGCUUGAGCAGCAAGACUCGCAGCCUUCCAGAUUUGUCAAUGAUUAUAGCGUUGUUCUCUACGAGACCGAUCAGUACAUCAACCAGAUCCGCGAUUUCCUCGACAAAGGAACUCCAGUUAAUGGGAUUGGUUUCCAAUCGCACUUGGGUCCGGAUCCAAUUGAUUUGGGUAAGGCUGAGGACACCUUCGAUAGGAUGUGGAACGAGUUUCAUCUUCCCAUGUGGAUCACAGAGUUCGAUUGGCAAGGCACUGGUAGUGGAAAUCAUGGCCAACAUGCUUCAGAGCUCGUUAAUUUUUACAACUUGGCCAUGAGCCACGAGGGAAUGGGCGGCAUUAUGAUGUGGGGCUUUUGGGACCAAGCUCAUUGGAGGCCUGAUGCAGCCAUUACCAAUGGAAAUGGUGUCACGCCCAAUGAAGCGGGUUACGCCUAUAUGGACUUGUACCAGAACUCAUAUCGAACAAAUGAUGUAUUUUCUACCAUUAAGAGGACGGCCAAUGAAAUGGAAUUCAAAUUCCGUGGAUUCCGAGGAGAAUACGAGUUCACUUUGGUCAAUGAACAGGGACGAUCGGUUCAUAAAUUUGACGAAACUUUUAUUGUUGAGCAAGAUGUCGAAAUUCAAUACAACGUCGAAAUAUAAAAAAAGAAAUGAUUACAUCCCGAACAAUAAAUUUGAAUCAGCCUUA